AUGCAAGAUGAUUUCGACCGCGCAGAUGUCGCUAUGAACGAAGACGAUACUCCGGAUAAUUUGACAGUUGCGUCCGUUUCUUAUGCCGCUGAAGAUGACUACGACAUGUCCAACUUUUCGGCACCACAACGGAAGCGAAAAAGAGAAGAUAUGAUCCAAGACAUGACGGAGCAACAACACUCAGUUUACGGCGAUGAAUUGCUUGACUAUUUUCUUCUUUCGCGCAAUGAGCAGCCUGCCAUUCGGCCAGACCCGCCUACCAAUUUUCAACCCAAUUGGGUUAUUGAUACAGAGCGCCACACAGCCUUGCACUGGGCGUGCGCUAUGGGCGAUGUCGAAGUUAUCAAACAACUGAAGCGUUUCGGUGCGAGUCUGGGUGUUCAAAACGAGCGAGGUGAAACGCCGUUCAUGCGUGCUGUCAGCUUCACGAAUUGUUUUGAGAAACAGACGUUUCCGGCUAUCAUCAAGGAACUCUUCGAGACCGUUGACGCACGCGAUAAGGCAGGCUGCACGAUUAUUCACCAUGCCGCCAUAAUGAAAAGCGGGCGUGUCACCAGCCAAUCCUGUGCUCGAUACUAUCUGGACAAUAUUCUAAACCGUCUCCAGGAUACGCAUGACCCAAACUUUGUGCAGCAGCUUAUUGAUGCACAGGAUAACGAAGGAAAUACGGCUGUGCAUCUGGCUGCAAUGAAACAUGCAACCAAGUGCAUACGUGCCCUUCUCGGCCGCGGAGCAUCGACAGACAUUCCCAACCACAGUGGGCUGCGGGCAGAAGAUAUGAUCAAGGAACUCAACGCCAACAAGAAAUCGAGAGCCCCACCACAACGGUCAUCGUCGCCUUUUGCGCCCGACUCACAGCGACGAUUUGCAUUUCGCGACACGGUUGCUGAUCUACAAAGGAAAACUGGCGCGCCUUACCAGUCAGAGGCAGCCAAUACAGUGCAGUCACGAAUUACACCUCUUGUGUUUGAGAAAUUCAAAGACCUGUCACAGAGCUACGAGGAAGAGUUCAGGGACAAAGCGGAAGCUGAGAGGGAGGCAGAGCGCAUUCUGGGUAGCACACAAGGCGAGCUGCUGGCUAUGCGUGCAGAGAUGGCCGAUCUCGAAAUACGCAUGGAGCCCGAUGAGAUCGCGGCUGAUUUUGCUGAGGACGCCAAGCUCUCCCAAAAACAGCUGAUAUCUCUUGUCGGUCAACGCAAUCGUAUUCUGGCGCAGUCAGAUGUGGACAGUGAAUUGGCAGGGCUUGUGGGUGACGGCCAGGGGAUUACAGGAGCAGGUGACGUUGUUGAUGAACACCAACAGCUCGCAAUAGAGCUGCGACAACAUAUUAUAGAGCAGCAUCAAGCUGAAGGUGACUACGUCGAUGCUCUUGCUGCCGUCGGCACAAGCGACAAUAUCGAAAAAUACCGCCGGCUACUCAGGAGUUGCUUGGGGCCUGAGGCCGAUAGUCUCGAAGAGAAUCUAGAGGGUAUGAUAGCAAUGAUGGAGGAGGAGGUGUCGGACGGCAUCAGACACGCCAGUAGAGAGCCGAUGGAAAUCGUCGCUAUAUAA